AUGUCUACGAAGUCUGAGUAUUCCGCCCUCUCCCUUCCAAAGCUGAUGGCCGAACGCGAAGAGGACACCUGGCAGGUCGAGGGGCUUUCUGUGGAGAGCGUCUCAGAGGAGGAGCCCGAAGAGAGACCGGAGGAGGAGGCAGAUGCUGCGGAGGAAGCACAGCUUCCCCGGCAAGAAGAGAUGGAUCUUGCACCUUCUAAGGUGUUUUUCACCCACGACCACAUCUCUUCCAAAUUCCGGUCUGGCACCUUGCUUGACGAUGCAGUUCGUGACAUUAUCAAUGGCGGUAAGGCUUUCGAUGACUUCCCAAGCAUCCUGUGCACAAGGUUCCAUGACAAACUGUUCUCUAUCAACAACAGGCGGCUAUUUGUUGCUCGAGUCCUGGAACAAAUGGGGUGUCUUCAUUUGAUUCACAUUGUCGUCGUUGCCCUAGACGACCCAUACCUACAACGAGAAGGAGAUGGUGGGCUCACGAAGUGGGAAAGGUCCUUUUCUACCACAAAUGGUGGGUUGUUCGUUCGUGUGCGGAGUGAUUUCAGGAAGUUUCAAUCAGACCAUGCCGGACAAGUUGAUCAAGGCCAGACUGGCCAGACGCGCAGGGAGGCAAGUCGCAGACCCCAGGAAGUUCUCCUUUGGCAGAAGACCGCCGAGGUGAAAAAGGGUGAUGAUCCCGAUCCCCGCAAGAGAGCGCAGCAGGCCAAAUGGAAGUUGCAACAGAGCGUGCCAAGCGAUAUCCUAAACCAGCUCGGCAAAACCUAUGGCAUUUUAUCGGAGAUCAUAACUCACCCGCGAAGUCCUCAAGCUGCUGUAAAACUUGCGCCAGAUUUGAACUGCACAAAGUUUCCAGAAGGCGUGCAAGCAAUGCGUGAGGUAGUGGCGUGUCGAUACAGCAUGAAGAGCCAGAAGACCGGCAGCGAAAAGAAAACUGUCUUGAGCGUGCAGUCGCCGGUCGAGAUGUCAGCACAAGAGAAGCGUGCAGCAGAGAAGAAGAAGUCCAUCGACAGGAAAAACCGUGACAAGCACAGACGCCGGUAG